AUGGAGUUUUCUGGAGUAAAACGGAGGAAACCGAGGUUGGCAGAUGACCAGAGGAAUGCUUGCUACCCACAUAGCCUUCAGUUUUACUUGCAGCCACCUUCUGGAAAUGUAUCUUUGACAGAAUUUGAAACGUUGGCUAUCGAUAGAGUUAAAUUGCUAAAAUCAGUUGAGAACCUUGGUGUGAGCUACGUGAAGGGAACUGAACAGUAUCAGAGUAAGCUGGAGGCUGAGCUUCGGAAGCUCAAAUUUUCCUACAGAGAAAGCUUGGAAGAUGAAUACGAACCUCGGAGAAAAGAUCACAUUUCUCACUUUAUUUUGCGCCUUGCUUACUGCCAGUCUGAAGAUCUUAGGCGCUGGUUUAUUCAACAAGAAAUGGAUCUCCUUCGAUUUCGAUUCAGUAUUUUACCCAAGGACAAAAUUCAGAGUUUCUUAAAGGAUAGCCAUUUACAGUUUGAGGCUAUAAGUGAUGAGGAAAAGACUCUCCGAGAACAGGAUAUUAUGGCUUCAUCACCCAGUUUUGGUGGGACUCAGUUGGAGCUGGAGUCAGUCUAUAAGAUCCCUUUUGCUGAAGCUCUGGAUUUAUUCCGAGGAAGGAAAGUCUAUUUGGAAAAUGGCUUUGCUUAUGUACCACACAAGGAUAUUGUGGCGAUCAUCCUGAAUGAGUUUAGAACCAAACUGUCUAAGGCUUUGGCUUUAACAGCCAGGUCCUUGCCUGCCGUGCAGUCCGACGAGAGACUCCAGCCUCUGCUCAACCACCUCAGUCAUUCCUACACCGGUCAAGACUACAGUACACAGGGCAAUGUUGGCAAGAUUUCUUUAGAUCAGAUUGAUUCGCUUUCUACCAAAUCCUUCCCACCCUGCAUGCGUCAGUUACAUAAAGCCCUGCGGGAAAAUCACCAUCUCCGUCAUGGGGGCCGCAUGCAGUAUGGCCUCUUCCUGAAAGGCAUUGGCCUAACCUUGGAACAGGCAUUGCAGUUCUGGAAGCAAGAAUUUAUCAGAGGGAAGAUGGAUCCAGACAAGUUUGAUAAAGGCUACUCUUAUAACAUCCGUCACAGCUAUGGAAAGGAAGGCAAGAGGACAGACUACACACCUUACAGCUGCAUGAAGAUCAUCCUCACCAAUACACCAGGCCAAGGGGACUAUCAUGGGUGCCCCUUCCGACACAGCGACCCCGAGCUGCUGAGGCAGAAGCUGCAGGCCUACAAGAUCCCUGCCGCAGGACUCAGCCAGAUUUUGGAUUUAGUAAAAGGGACACAUUACCAGGUAGCCUGUCAGAAGUUCUUUGAGAUGACACAUAAUGUGGAUGAUUGUGGCUUUUCUUUGAGUCAUCCAAACCAGUUCUUUUUUGAGAGCCAGCGGAUCCUCGGUGGAGGUAAAGACAUCAAGAAGGAGUCUGUCCAACCUGAAACACCCCAAACCAGACCGAGUGUCCAGAGAAGCAAGGAUUCGUCCUCCGCUUUGGACUCGCUCAGCUCCUCUCUGGACAUGGAUCUGGAGGAACUGGAGGAGUUGCUUCAGUGA